UAUAUAGUUAAUUAUUGAUUGAGGUUAAAAAAUUUGAAGUAAGGGUAUUUUGUAAUUUUAUUCAAUUUUUUUUUACUAAAAAUGGAAAGAUUUGGAAAAGUUACACAUAAUGUUUAACGUCCGUUUUUGACAAAAAAUUACACAAUACAUUUAACGAAUGUAGUAUGUGAACUUAUUUUUUUUAAUUUUUUUUUUAAUUAAGGAACGAAGAAAGUAACCUUUCGUCAUUUGUUACCUAGAACUAGUAUAUGGUCUAGAUUUUAACAUAUAUCAAUGUAUACCAAUUCAAUGGCCAUGAUUCAAAGCUUGUGGUGCUCAUCUUUUAAACAAAUCAACUCAACCAAUUUCUAACACCAAAAGCUUCACCAUUCCAAGUUCUUCCAUUGUAGCAUUUCACAUUGUUCAUUGUCUUAUCCCCUCACAAUCCUAUUGACAAAAAUGGCAGCCAACCUCUUCUCUCCUUCUCAUCCACUAUCAUCUUGCUCUUCAAUCUCCAAAUACUACAAAACCAGAGAAUUUUCUCUCUCCUAUCAUACCCAACAACAGUUUCCAGCCAUUUCGAAGCCGAAAAGGGCAGUAAAGAUUUCAGUUUCUGCCUCCCUCCAAGAAAUUGAAAUAGCAUCAGAUUUAGCCAAUCAUUUUCAUGAAAAUCCAUCUUCUUUGUUUCUAAUAGCAGAAGGUGUUGGGUAUUCUGUUGCUAGCUAUUAUACUUCACUGGGUCUCUUUGUUAUCUCUGUUCCUGGUCUUUGGUCUCUCAUCAAACGCUCUGUUAAAUCUAAGAUUGUAAAAAAGGCUUAUGUACAAGCGGAUGAGAAUAAAAAGGCACCAAAUCAGGUUGCAGGAGAAAUCUUAUCCUACUUUACUCGUAACAAUUUUGCGGUGACCGAUAGAGGAGAGACUAUUACUUUUGAAGGGAUGAUGGUACCGAGUAGGGGGCAAGCAGCAUUGCUGACAUUCUGCACUUGCAUAAGCCUAGCAAGUGUAGCUCUAGUGCUGACGAUUACGUUUCCGGAUGUGGGCAACAAUUGGUUUUUUAUCACUGCCCUUAGUCCUUUGGCUGGAAUAUAUUACUGGCAACGUGCAGCAAGAAAGGAACAGAUCAAGAUCAAAAUGGUCGUAGGAGAGGAUGGGACACUGUCCGACGUCAUAGUUCAAGGAGAUGAUCAGCAAGUAGAGCAAAUGAGGAAGGAGCUACAGCUGAAUGAAAAAGGGAUGGUCUAUGUCAAGGGCAUUUUGGAAAGAUAGUCACACCAAAUCAAGCAGAACCCUCCACAGAGGCGCAGAUCCUUUUUCCGGCUACUAAUAAAUACUAUACUAGUAAAAUGUUAUAUUUGAUCAACAAAUCUCACUCCCUUGAUCUGUCUUGAGAGCAUUUUGUAAGGCAAAUAGAGUUUGCAGAUAUGUAAAUACUUCUAGAAAUCUACAGAGCCACAUGCAUCUAAAGUUCAAAUCUUUACAAUCAAAUUUUGCUCAACAGUGAUGAAUAUAACAUCACGAGUUGAAUGUAUUGUAUGCAAGAUGUUGAAACUACCAACAAAAAUUUAUACUAAGCAAGUUGCCCAGCA